AUAUUUUCUAUCACUGGAAAACUAGCAAGCCUUCAUGAACAUCUGAAAAGGUUUGUCGUGCUGGAAAGAUACAUAAGAUUCGCUAUAAUUUAAAUUUACUUAUCUAUGUACAUGUUUUUGCUGAUAUUUUAAUUCAGCUGCACUGAUGUUAAAAUGGAUCAUGGUCAUUUCAGUCAGUGUAUUAAAAAUGAGGUAGAAAUUCUGAAAUGCAGUGAGAAUGACUAAUGUUCUAGGUAAAAUGCCCAUCUGAUGUAGGAUAGAAAAGACAUAGACUCUAAGGGGAUAUGCAAAAGAGAAUACAUUAAUGAUAAAACCAGCAAAUUCUGUGUAGAAGGUAGAGUGGACACUGCUUCUUGCUUUUGUAACACAAGGGGAGAUUCAGUGAAACUAAAACUGGAAAGCUUUCCUUGUGGAACACAGUAAGUAACAUGGAAAAUUACUUCUGUAGUUCAAACCAAGAAACAGCAGUUUCAAAGUGAGUUUUAACAGUUUUAAGAGAAAGUCACUGGACCCUGUGAACAGGCUGUUCAGAACAUGCAGUGAAGGAUUUGCCAAUGCCUUCUGGGUGGCGCUAGUACUGGUGACUAUGAAAAUUGAUUUUCAGGCUGAUGAGGCAACUGAUUUAAUCAAUUUAGUAUCAUGCAAAAAAUUUUUUUGCUCUUCCCUGCUGAAAUUCAGAGAGCUGGCAGAAGGACAUUUGUACUUAGAGAUGUCACCUUGAUUCUGUGAAGGCACAUAAACUUGUAGGCGGGCCUGUAAAUAGAAAUUGAAAUUGAUGUGAAAGGUAGCCAAGGCACAGCUGCUGCACCUGUAAAAAAUGAGUGAAGGCGUACAUAUUUGUAUAGUAAAACCAGAAGACAACUUUGUGGAGAAAGUGGUGCUACUGUAAUUUCAUUACCAAAAAUUUUGUUACUGGUGAAACAACAAAAAAGCCAUACCCUCCUCCUCAAAGAAAUAGUUUUUAAUUUUUUUCUGAACAGUUACAGGUAGAGUGGGAGAAAAUGUCAAACAUAGAUGAAUUUCAAAUUUUUUGUUUCCUUUUUCUUUAUGACUGUACGUAGUUUUGCCUUUGAUAGCUAAAAAAAUUAAUUUCUUGUAUAUUAAUCUAGUUUAGUUUUUUCUUUAACAUACUUUACAGAAACAUGGGCUAGUUGGCAGUCACCAGGGCAUUAAGGUUUAAACAUAUGAACUACCAGCUUGAUCUGGAGAGAGCUGAGACUGAGAAAAAUGUGCUCUGAAAGGAUGUUUAUAAUGUUUAAGACUGGUCAAAAUGUUAUAGUGUGUCUGAGCACAAGUUAUUGUAAAUUAGACACUAGACAGUAAUUUGUAUAUUUUUGUUAAUAUUUAAUUGUUGCUAUAAGGACUUUAUAAAACUAUGUCAACUUUUGGUAAGUGUGUGAUCCUUCAAUAGCUCAGGAAUAUUUUAAAAUAUUUUAAAAAUUUCCCCCCUAGCAUAUCCCUCAUCCAUUUCAAUACCACCAUUACUACAAGAAUGUUGUUUUACUGCUUUAGAAGACAGCUUGCAUAUAGUUCUGUACUUAAUGUUUGGAACAGCUUCUCUCCUGAUUUGUUAUAUGCAUAGAAGAAAAACAUGGGGUUUUAAUAGGUUUCUUAUGUCCCAUGAUGAUAAAAACCUAACCGAGACAAAUAAUUAAUAAAACAGGUUUUGCGUGCACUGGAACAGUAAAGGAGGUGUAGAUGUCUUCACUUGCUUACAAGUCCCGAGUGAAGACAAAAAGGCUCUGUUUACAGCUGAAGUGAUAGAUGAUGAUUCCAUAAUUACAGUAAUAGGAUUAUCCCCUUUGUGAUGCUUUCAUCUCAUCUUUCUGACCUUUUCAGGCAAGUGACAAAUUCUUUCUUUAUGCUUAGGCCAUGAAAAUUGAGGAGGCAAGCUGGUAAGGAUGGCGUGCCAGGAAGGGACUGUCCAGAGGUUCCACAAGUCGGUGUAUCUCCGGAAAAAGUGGAGAGUCUCUUCCAUCAGUUUUUGCCAAAAAUGUGCAGGAAGCCAUCGACAAUUAUACUUGGAAUUUGAUAAAGCCAACACACAAAGAGUGCAUCAGUUAUUUUUGGAGAUUGAUGAAAUGCUGUUUGAAGGAAAAGUGACUACCCAAACGCAGAGCUUGCAGGUCGAAUGUGCCGAUUGGGUUGAACAGUUUCCUCACCUAAGGGUUCUAGGAAAGCAGCUUCUAGUGCCAAAGGAUGAAGGCUUUCAGCAUUUUCAGAGCAGAAAUGAUACCUAUGUGGAUACUAAGUGUCUGCCUGGCCUCUGUGAAUAUACUAGUAAUACAAAAGAGCUCUGCAUUUCGGGCUCUAAAUUGAUCCCUACAGUAUCUCCAAUACAUAAAUCACUGGAUUCAAGUUCCACUAGGAUUUCUGACUCAGCCAUGUAUUCCUUCCUGGAAGAAGAAAUCUAUGAUAUGGAUGGAAAAAUAGAAGAAUAUCUUGCCUUUGACAGCAAGGAACUUGAUGAUGAGAGUUGGGAACAAAAGAAGAUGUGUCUCUCUGAGAAGAGGAGUAAGCGUGGCAUUCCCCCUGUUUCUCCCAAUGCCUGUAUCAAAGAUGCUGUGGCUUCUGAAGUGUUUGAUCAUGUUUGGAGCAGUGUCAUUGGAAUAUUGGAGGAACUGAUUAAAAAAAAUUGGGAAACUAGUAUCCCAGAGUGUGACAAAAAAUUGGAAAAACUGAAAGCUGUUACAGCAAAACUGCCACAUUUGCCAGCCAUUCAUAUUAUAACAGAUGCUGGGAGCAUUCCUCUUUCCAGAGGCUCUGAAGCACGAAGUGUAUCUUUUGGGCCUCAUUCUGUUUCAUCACAGGUUCAGCGUUUCUCCAGCAACUUCUGUAGUGAUUUGAAUGGUGUGAUGACAAUUCAAGCAAAACCGCUCCAACAGAGGCAUGUUACCAGAGUAGAAAAAAUACAGAAUGAGCAAGAAGACAAACAGCAAAGCACUGCCUCCACUGCUCCAAAUUCAGCACAUGCUAGGCUGGGGAGAAUUUCUGAUAAUGGUGUUCUGUCAUCAUCUCAGGCACUGCUGGCAUCUUCUAGGAAACUACCAAACCAUCGGAGGUUACCUUCUCUCACCUCUGACCAACUCUGCUCAAAAGUUCCUAAUAUGUACAAUGAGGAAAUCCUAAGACAGACGAAAUUGGUUGCCAGCUCAGAUCGUUUGUCUUCUGCUCAUGCACCUGCAACACGGAACAAGUUACCACCAAUAAAUUCUGAUGCUCUUGAACAAUAUCUUUCAGUACCUCGACUGCAACAGAGCUCUCAUCAAGGACGAUAUGCUCUUAGCAGAGUGUCAAGUGCAGUGCCUCGCAGGAUAGAGCAACCGGCACUCAGAGAAAGAACUGUUACUGUUAAUCAAUUUUCAAGGCCCAACACAACUCAUACGUUCAGGAGAGACACAUCUCAGAAGAGAUCACUGACUCCCAUGGAUAUUGCUAACCACAGAGGGAUGGGUCAAGGAUUUUUGACAACAGGCUCACAGCAUCACUACAGAUCUGUUCAGAGAAAUCCUUCAACCUCAAGAAAGAGAUUUCAAAUUGCUUCUUAACCCAUUUUAGAAAGAAGCGGAAACUCUCUUUACUGAAUGACUGAAUGAAGCACUAAAUUUGCCACCUAGUAUCUUUGUGUAAUAAAGACGGUGUGCAGUACGCUGGUGCUUACUGAGCCUUGCGAUCUUCA